AUCGUGUCCUCCUCAAAACCCCCAAUCGGCCACCGUUCUCCAUCGCACUUUCGCAUUGCGCCGCAGUAUUCGCCGCAGAUCGAAAUUUCUGUCGCCCUCCGUUGCCUGGCCGUAUUAACCAGCGGCUCCGUCGCAUCCUUUUCACACCGCCUCUAUUUCUCCUCUGGUUGCCUCUUUUCCUGCUCUUCUGUUACUUUCGCUCUUCCCCACCACCGUGCAAACAUUCGCCGCCGCGCCAUACGCGGCGCCUUCCCGUGUGUUUUCUUUCUUUCCGUUUGUAACUCGUGCGGCGGUUCAAAACCCUAAUUUUGAUUGCGUCCCCCACUGGGCGAGCGCUAAAACCCCUCGUUCCCCUAUAUCCCUGCGUCGAUGGACCGUACUUCGAGAUUUCAGAACCCUCUGCCACUUACCAGCGGUGGCCUAGCCAAGCCUCCAUCUAUUCAGGGCGAUGGUGUCGGGAUGAAGCCGCUGCCGCCCCAAAUCCUCGAUCGAUUCCGAGCCAUGGUGAAGGAGAGAGAGGAAAAACUUAGGGUUUUUAAUGGUGGGGUCGUUUUGCCCUUGAGCACGGAUGAAAUUGUGCGAAUUUAUGAGAUUGUUUUGUCUGAGCUCACAAUUAAUUCGAAGCCUAUCAUCACUGAUCUCACCAUAAUAGCAGGAGAGCAGAGGGCGCAUGGCGAAGGUAUCGCUGAUGCUAUUUGUGCCCGGAUUAUUGAGGUUCCGGUUGAUCAAAAGCUGCCUUCUCUGUACCUUUUGGACAGCAUUGUGAAGAACAUAGGCAAGGAAUACAGUAAAUACUUUGCUUGCCGGCUACCUGAGGUUUUCGCUGAGGCCUAUGCACAAGUCCAUCCCAGUAUGCACCAGGCAAUGCGCCACUUAUUUGGUACAUGGUCUACAGUGUUCCCAUUGUCAGUACUUCAAAAGAUUGAGGCACAGUUGCAGUUGUCCCCUUCUGUAAAUGGUCAACCUUCCGUUUCGAGUUCUUCAAAGGCUUCUGGAUCUCCUCGACCGCCUCAUGGGAUACAUAUAAACCCAAAAUAUUUUGAAGCCCAAAAUCAGUAUGGACGUUCAACCGAAGAUACUUUUGGAACUGAAGGAGUGAGUUUAACUGGUCGUGACCUUACGACUUCCAGUCUUCAUGCUGUAAAAAAGUCCAUGCCUCCCAACACCAAACUCGUUAAAUCCUCUUCUCCUUUCAGAAUUGGGCAUGCCGGGUCUUUAUCGCCUUCAGUUGAAGACUUCAAUGCUGAUAAUUCCCCAAAAAGAACUUCCGAAUAUGGGCCAUACAAUGGAAUUCGACGAGAUGAGGAGUUGCGAAAGGGAGAUUGGCAGCCGGUCAACCACAGUCAAAAGCUCAGAACAUCCACCGCAUAUAACUACAGCAGUGGUCUUGACUUGCGUGGGCCUCGUGCUUUGAUCAGUGCAUAUGGUAUGGACGAGAGAGAGAAAAAGCCGAACCGUAACCAUGAUAAGCCCGAGCAGCUGGACAUGAAUGAUGCAGAGCACAGUGUUUCCUUAAGGCCGUGGCAAAAUACUGAAGAGGAAGAGUUUGACUGGGAAGAUGUAACCCCAGCUUUAGCCGAUCGGAGGCAAUCUAAUAAUGCUUAUUCAUCUCUAGCGUCUUCUGGGAAUUUGUCAACAAGACACGGGUUUAUGGCAAAUCAUGCUGCUCGUUUGGUGAGUGAUUAUGGAGGAAACAUUUCCAAGGCUCAAUCGGCUUCUACUACUAAUUCUUCUAUUCCUGAGGAUGUUUUGAGUAUAACUAACGGGCAUGACAAGGUUGCUGGAGUUUUGCAAAAUGUUGCCAUCCCUAAUGAUAUGGCAAGUCAGAUUACCCCUAAUUUUACUCGGGAGUCCUUGACUUUUCUGGCUCAGAGCCAUUUAAAUGCGAACGAAGUCCGUCUUCUACCAGAAACCAGAAGCUUUUCGACAGCUGGCCUGCAGAAGCCUUUCCCAAAUAUGGAUUUGACGUAUAAUCCCACCUACAGCUCAUCAGCUCCCGAAGUUCGAGUCGUCGAGUCAUCAGCUUUAACAAAACCUUGGAAUCCCUCAACUUCCCAAAAUUCACACAUUAUGCCCUCGCUUCCCUCUAUUCCCCCGCAUAUGCAAAUCCGAGGUCAAUUUGGCACACACAAUGCUUUUGCUGAUCAAAUUCGCACUGAUCAGCUUUUGGGUAACACCGGAAGCACAUCUCAAUUUCCUAAUUUCCGGCCAAUGCCAAUUCCCGUAAAUCUGCAGAACACUGCACGGCCGCCUCUAUUACAGCCAAACCCUUCACAGAAUUUAUCAUUGCCUUUAGUACCUAUGCCAUCAAGCACAAUGGCACGGCCUUAUGCUCAUGUAUACUUGGCACAGCCGCAAGGCCCUUCUAUUGGCAAUACUUCAUCCAAUUUAGUUCAAGGCACGCAGUCAUCCUUCCCAAUUCCUAAUAUGCCUUUUCAUGCACCUAGGGGCCCUUUUCAUAACACCAAUCAGUUUUUACCUGUCGGUCAAAAUGUUGGUCAAGUUGCUCCUACGCGUACAGGUGGAGGAACUCCGUUUUCAGGUCUAAUUAGCUCGUUAGUAGCCCAAGGUCUGAUAUCAUUGCCGAAACAGGACUCUGUUGGGGUGGAUUUCGAUCAAGACGCUCUCAAGAUCCGUCACGAGCCCACGAUAACCUCCCUUUACGGAGAUCUCCCGAGACAGUGCACCACCUGCGGCCUCCGUUUCCGAACUCAAGACGAGCAUCGCAAGCACAUGGACUGGCACGUCAGCAAGAACCGAACACUAAAGAACCGGAAGUCAAUGCCCUCUCCCAAAUGGUACGUGAGCGUUUCAUUGUGGCUGAGUGGGGCCGAGGCCCUGGGACCCGAACCAGGCCCUGGGUUUUUGCCAGUCGAGAAGGCCGUGGAGAAGGUGGAUCAAGAAGAGGUAGCUGUGCCGGCUGAGGAGGAUCAGAACGCGUGUGCGCUGUGUGGGGAGCCAUUUGAUGACUUUUAUAGUGAUGAGACGGAGGAGUGGAUGUAUAGAGGGGCCAUUUAUUUGUAUGGGCCUUCAAGUGGGCCUUUGGUGGGGAUGGACAGGUCGCAGCUGGGCCCUAUAGUGCACGCGAAGUGCAGGUCCGACUCGCAUGAGCGUUUUUCUGAGGAUGUUAAGGAUGAGGGGAAUCUGCAGGAAGCUGCAAUCAAACUAUGUACGUGCAGAAAGCUUCUUGAUCCAGUCGAAAAAUUGCAUCCAUCAUUGGACAUGGCUCCGACUGCGGCUGCAACUAUGGCUGCGCGAGAAGACGACCGAUUGAAGUCGAAAACGGCUCCGACUGGCUGCGCGAGAAGACGACCGGUUGAACUCGGAAAUGGCUCCGAUUGGCUGUGCGAAAUGCCGAUGACCGACGAGCGGUUGUAUCUGCCUUUUGACUUGACGGAAUCAGCGCCCUCUAUCUUGACUGGCUGGCCACCCGAGCGGUUCAGUGUGCAAAAACCCUUGAUUGAAUUGGACAAUCGGAGGCGCGGCGAUUGGAGUGGCGGGGGAGGGAGAAAGAUCAAAGAUGCGAGGACGAUGUGGAAGGAGAUUAGAGAGAGAGAGUUCGGAAAAUUGCGCCCUAAUUUGUUCAGCACUCGCGUUUCCAAAUCUAGGGUUUCUUCAAUCCAGCUCUCGAAUUACAAGGAAAUCGUCUCUGCUCACCGCGGCUCAAUCAACUCCCUUCAGGUCCUUUUCGAGUUGCUUCUAGCUUUCAGUUUCCCGAUUAAUAUUUUUCAGGGUUUUUCCCCCUCUCGGAUGGAAAGGAGGUUUCACUUGGAAAAAUGUUGUUUUCUGUUGAUAAUGGGUGUCACGUUCUUUUGUUGGACGAGGAUGCAAGGAAAAGUGAUUGUUGAUGCCUAUCAGGUUGAUUUGACAGAGGGACGUUAUCUACUGGCUGGUGCAUCAGAUGCAACGGCUGCUGUGUAUGAUAUUCAGCGCGCAACAAGUUACGAGGGCCGUGGGCUAAUAGCUAAACAUAAUUCUUUAUUUAACAUCAACAAGCAACAUGAGCAUGGCCAUAAAUACGCCAUAUCCUCAGCCAUCUGGUAUCCGAUUGACACAGGGUUGUUCGUCACUGGUUCAUAUGAUCAUCAUAUAAAUGUUUGGGAUACAAAUACUACACAAGUUGUAAUGAACUUUAAAAUGCCUGGGAAGGUUUAUCGAACUGCCAUGUCUUCAAUAGCAAGAACUCACAUGUUAAUUGCUGCUGGGACUGAAGAUGUCCAAGUUCGAUUGUGCGAUAUUGCCUCUGGUGCAUUUGCUCACACUUUGUCUGGCCAUCGUGAUGGGGUAAUGUCAAUAGAAUGGUCUACUUCGAGUGAGUGGGUUUUGGCAACUGGAGGAUGUGAUGGUGCUAUACGAUUUUGGGACAUUAGACGGGCUGGAUGUUUUCGUGUCUUAGAUCAAUCUCAUUCUCAGUUUGGGAGGCGCCCCCCUGUCCUUUUGCGCCCAACCGCAAAUAAGAAAUCUUCGGCCAGCUCAAGCUCCUCUGUAAAAGUCCGUGUCCCUCAAAGAAAAUUAGCUAAUGGAAACUCUUCAAAAUCCCAUGGUAUUGGUAAGAUUUCUAGUCAAGUAAAGCUUGCAAAACAGAGAUCGCAUCCUGGGAUGUUGUCAAGUCAUGAUCGUGCGACUGGGCAUUAUGGUGUUGUUACUGGACUUAAAAUGACUGAAGAUGGCAUGUAUCUUUUAAGUUCAGGUUCUGAUUCAAGGUUGAGAUUAUGGGACAUUGAAUCUGGGUGCAACACACUUGUAAACUUUGAAACUACUCGUCUGCAGCAGAGCAAACAAAUUCAGAUGGCCGUAUCCCAGGAUUCAACUAUUGCUUUCGUACCAUGCAUGAACACACUGAAAGCCUUUGAUAUUUGGUCCGGUCAAACAAAGUGGACUUUUCGUGGUCAUUAUGAAAAUGUCAACUGCUGUUGGUACAAUGCUCUGGAUCAGGACUUGUACACCGGUGGUAAUGAUCGGCAGAUUCUUGUGUGGUCCCCGUCCAAAUUCAUUUCUGAAGAAGACGAGUACAAAACUGAGCAGGAUGGAUCAGUUGACCAGGAUAAUUGGAGUGAUUAAUAAUGAGGUUUAUUUACUUGGACCUGCUUUUNCAUUGUUCUACUUGU